CGAGGGAGGAGCGUAGCCGCGCCGAAGCCGAGCCCCUCGAUGCCUGAGCUCGCAGAGUGGAGCUGACGCCGACAGCCACACAAACACACUCCCCUUCUCAGUUACAGUCACACACACACACACCACCACCAUCACUACACUCUCUCUCUCGCUCACACACACACACACUCAGUGACGGCUGCCAGCCUCAGUGGGAAGCGAGCCGUCAGGGAGAGAGAGCUUGAGAAGAAAGCGAGGGAAUGCCAAGGGGAAGGCAAGAAAAGAGAACAGAGUUGGAGGGGCACCUUGUGGAUCAGGAGGGAUUUUCCUCGUUCUGAGUGGACGUCUGGAUAAGGCUAUCUGCUCCUUCUUCCUCGGCAAGAGGAGUUUUUAACCAGGGCUUUUUUUUCUCCCCACUGUUCCCUUUUUUGCUCAUCCUUUACGGCCAGGCUCCGGCAAUAUCUACCUAUCUAUCCCCGGAGCUUAACAAAAGAGGGAGGGAGUAAGAGAGGGGAGGACAAAAAAAAAAGCAGGCACAGCUUAAGCUCCAGACCACCCUCUUUCCUCCUCCUGCUGUUCUCCCUCUCUCUCCAGCUCCACAUCCAUGUGUGAGUUCAUCGCUGAUUUCACUGUCUUUGGAGAAUAGAGCAGAGGACAGCGUGUGUUCUUCAGGAUCCAGCUGGGCUUCCACUGGGAUCGGUGUCUGGUUUAAGAGUGGACCAAGACGGACUGUGAAACAGGAAGAGGUGAAAAAAAAGAGAGAGAGAGAGACGUUGAAAAGCAAACUGAGGGGCAUGUUAAGGGCAACAGAGAAGAAGUCUAAAUUCUAGACUGAAGAGUGUAAAAGAGAUAGGAAGCGACACGCAACCCUCUCCUUCCCCCCCCCCACUGUCAGCCCCGCUUUUAUUGUUUCCUGAAUCUUUCCGUAUUUUAUCCUUCUCACCUUUCACCUCCCUCUUCCCAACAUCUCUCUUCUGCUGCUCUGGCAUCAUUUUUCCAGACUUGCUGGAGGAGGACAGGUUUAGUGCCAUCCCCUUGCAAGACCAGCAGACAGACCGAUACCUACGUGCUCUCUGUCCCACAGUCCAUCCCUCUUCUCUCCUGUCCACUCAACACUUGCAGCAGCCAAGAGGAGAGUGUUCUUUCUGCAUCUCUUGGAAACGACUCCCCCCUCUUCCCUGAAGGAUUCAGGCCAGCAGCUGGAAGGGAUUGCACCCCACCUGCGAGCUUCUAUCUCCAGCCUCCAGGACAUUCAGUUGGAUUCUAGCUACAUGGGAAAACGUUUGGAGCAACAGCCAAUGUACCCCCACUACACCUACUACUACCCCCACUAUCUCCAGACGAAGCAGUCCUAUGCUCCUCCGCCUCCACCCAUGGCCUCCCCCAGCCCUGGCACGACAGGAGGAGGAGGAGGAGGAGGAGGUCAGGGAGGAGGGCUAGUGGAGCAGCUAAGUAAAACCAACCUGUACAUCAGAGGCCUGCCGCCUGCCACCACUGACCAGGACCUCAUCAAACUCUGCCAGCCAUAUGGAAAGAUUGUGUCAACGAAGGCCAUUUUGGACAAAAACACCAAUCAGUGCAAAGGCUAUGGAUUUGUGGACUUUGACAGCCCUGCAGCUGCCCAGAAGGCUGUGGCCUCGCUCAAAGCCAGUGGAGUCCAGGCACAGAUGGCCAAACAACAGGAGCAGGACCCCACCAACCUCUACAUAUCCAACCUGCCGGUGUCGAUGGAUGAACAGGAGCUGGAGAACAUGCUGAAGCCCUUUGGUCAUGUCAUUUCCACACGGAUACUGAGGGAUGCCAAUGGCCUGAGCAGAGGAGUUGGCUUCGCCAGGAUGGAGUCAACAGAGAAGUGUGACGUAGUCAUCCAGAAUUUCAAUGGGAAAUUUUUGAAAACCCCUCCAGGAAUGGCAGCUCCUGCUGAGCCAUUGCUGUGCAAGUUUGCCGAUGGAGGUCAGAAGAAGAGGCAGACCCAGAUCAAAUACCCCCAGAAUGGCAGACCAUGGACACGGGAGGGAGAGAGUGGCAUGGCGUUAACGUACGAUCCCACUGCAAUACAGAACGGGUUCUACUCGUCACCGUACAGCAUCUCCACCAACCGAAUGAUUGCUCAGACAUCAAUCACACCCUUCAUAGCUGCGUCUCCUGUCUCCACAUAUCAGGUCCAGAGUACGUCUUGGAUGCCACAUCAACAGUAUGUUAUGCAACCUACAGGUGCUGUGAUCACCCCAGCGGCGGCCAUCGAGCCCAGUUUGACUCUUCAUCCCUCCAGUGUAAUGGCUCCUCUCACCCAGCAGAUGAACCACCUCUCUCUGGGUCCCACAGGCGCUUACAUCUCUGCUGCAGCGGCUGCUCCUAUGCAAGGAACCUACAUUCCCCAGUACACUGCAGUGCCUGCCUCUGCCAUCACAGUAGAUGGUGUGGUGACAGACCCGUCUCCACAGACAACUGCCCCCUCGUCGCAGGACGCCAGCGGGCAACAGCCUUUAUCAGUGAGUGAGAGUACAGGAGAUCAUGCCACAGCCUAUUCCUUCCAGCAAACAAAAUAACAAGACUGCUAGGAACUAUCGCUGCAUUGCCUUUAGGACAGCACCAAGCUGCUGGAAUGACAGAAAGAACCGGAACGACAGACGACCAAAACACACAAGUGAUCCAGACAUCACUGAGCAGACAACACUUCCACUGUGCAGAGGAACCAAAUGAAAGACAGAACGAAGAAGAAAAUCAAUUCUUCUCCAUACCUGGUUGAAUCAAGAAAAAAACAAAUUGUUUGCUGACCUAAAGGACAAUGAAAUCAAUCACAGUCCAAGACUUUGAUUUGAUCAUUUUUCACCUUGAGACUGGGUUUUCUUCUAAAGGAAACAAAAAAAAAAGAGAGAGAGGGAGAGAGAGAGGGAGAGAGAGAGAGACUGAAAUCAAAGCUCAACCCGCUGUACAGAAAAAAUCAUUUGAAUGUGCAGGUAGAUUUUCUGACUUUUUUAUCAAUAAAAAAAGAAAGGAAGUAAAGUCCAGGAGAAACAGACUGUCUUCCUUUUGAAUUUAAGCUAUAGUAUCUGAAUUAUUUCCUCAUUUGAGUAGUUUUUUAGAAUCUUAAAUGUUUCCUGAACUUCUUAUUGCCUUAAUUUUCACAAACUUUGGGGGGGCAAACAUGUUUCCGAAGUGUUGAAUUCUUUAAAAAAGAGACUGGUUGAAUGAUUUGAGAUGUGUUUGGGGCCUCAGAGAUACAAAUCUAAAAAGCUAUCUGUACAGGAUUUUAACAAAUAGGCUGUAUUUGUAUGAAGAUGAUUUUAAAUCAAUGGGUGCAGAAGAUGUUGGCUGGUCAAGACAGAAAAAAAAUAUUUAGUGUGAUUUUACUGCAUUUUCAAUAAUGCUGUUUGGUUUAAUUGAUGGAUAAAACCUUGUUUCUCCACCACAUUUCUGUUUAUACAUAUUAUAUUUUGUUUUCUUUCAUUGCAGAUUUAAAAAAAAUGUUUUUUUUA